UGCUGUGUUGUCACCAGCUGUUGUCUGGAAGACGGAGCUAAAGUGGAUGCGUCUCGGUUGACCGGGUGCCACGAGCAGACCGCGGGCACGGAGCACCACGUCUGGAGCCGGAGGAUGGUACCGGAUGACUGAUCCGACACACCGGAGCCUCGCCGGUCUCCCGGUGACAGUAUCAAUUACAUAACUGAAGGCAUCGAUAAGACACAAAGUGUGAUAACGGACUAGUGCCAACACAGCAGACAGAUAACCACAGCAGCUGGCUUCACCUGAGAUCAUUUAACGUCUGCACAUCGAGUGCUUGGAACGGCACCACCGCCAUCAUGAAUGUGGGCACGGCGCACAGCGAGGUGAACCCCAACACCCGAGUGAUGAACAGCAGAGGAAUGUGGCUCUCUUACAUCCUGGGCAUCGGCCUCUUGCACGUCAUCCUGCUCAGCAUUCCCUUCGUCAGCGUACCUGUGGUCUGGACGCUCACCAACCUCAUUCACAAUCUGUGCAUGUACCUCCUACUUCAUACGGUCAAAGGUACGCCGUUUGAGACCCCUGAUCAGGGCAAGGCCCGCCUCCUCACACACUGGGAGCAGAUGGACUAUGGUGUGCAGUUUACUGCCUCGCGCAAGUUCCUCACCAUCACACCCAUCGUCCUGUAUAUACUGACCAGCUUCUACACCAAAUACGACCGGGUCCAUUUUGUGGUCAAUACGGUUUCCUUGCUCACUGUACUCAUCCCCAAGCUGCCCCAGCUGCAUGGUGUGAGGAUCUUUGGGAUUAAUAAGUACUGACAAGGCGGAAGAGGACACCUCCUUCCCUGAGUCCCCAUGGACUGCUGAGAGCACAAAAGAGUAUCAGGCCUCUGAUUUGGCUGCAGAUCCACAAGGAUCCGUGGCUCUCGACUCUGCUGAGCGGCACUCUAAAUAAAGCCUGCUGGGGAUACUGCCAUGGCACCAAACCCCAGGAAAGAGACACAAUACACUUUACACAGAGGACAAAGGGAAAGUGUAUUGUAGUGACUGUUUGUGGCUCUCCUUUGAGUCACUUAAAAGUGUAUUCUGUCCAUUUUUGUAGAAAUGACAAUGUUCAGAUGAGACAGGUGUCAGGGGGAGAGGACAAUGUAGUUGCACAAUUAAUGUGCCAUUUUACACUCAUUGGCACUCUGAGGCAGUAAUCAAAGUUAUUUUGUAUGUAAUGAUACACUGCUGUAUUUAUUCAGCUUCGCUCCCACGAAGAGCUUCCUCUUUCUUGAGGUUUCUGGGCUUAGAGGGGAGUAACAAUACUUUAAUGAAAUGGUAAGGGACCUGUGAACUGCUGCAGAGGCGAGACAUGAGAAACCGCAAGGUUUUAUAUUUAGCCCUCGCUGUUCCGCUCGGGGCCAAGAUUGGGAAGUUAAGCAAUCCUUAUUUUUAUCUGACCAUUUCCAUAUUUGGACUCCUCUUGUCCUGGUUUGUGUCACAGAAAGCCUCCUGUCUGUAAAAUCGUCUGGCCUGUGUGCAGAAAGUAUGUGCAAGAGCUCUCUACUGAUACGACAUAACCGAAAGUUCUGCAGUAUGAGUGAGGAAAGAAGUAUUGUCCUUACUUAUUUUAAAGUUACACUACAUAUAGGGGCACAAGCUUGUUACUCCUCUAUAAAAGCGCUCAGGAGCCUAUUGCAUUAGCAUGAACCUGCUAAGUCUGCAUCUCAGUCUAGAAUCUGGAGGCGAAUAACAUACUGAGUUACCACUUUGUUAGGUACGCCUGUGCAGUCCAAUACAGUAGCUGUGCAGUAUAACCUGAAAUACUCAAAAGUGUUUCUAAUAUUUCGUCAACCCUAUUUACAUACAUGAAAGGGGCAGAAUGUUAGAAACACCUCUCAGCAACAUUUUGGGGAACCAAACAAUCUUUAAACGCAACACUGCAUAUUAUUUAAUUAUUAAUACGUUUUUAUGGCGAAUACACUCGCCAGAAUUGCUUGUUUACAUUUCCAGAAGACUCUGAGCAACGUUAACAUUCAUUGGGAGUUGUUUUUGGCCACCUGAUGAAUUGAAGUCCAAUACUCACUCUCCGUUUAGUGCUGUUUAUAUCUAUCUUUAGCUGCUAAAGGUUCCACUUUACUCACCAGCAAUCCGCCGCUUUGUCUGAGCAGGUUGUGUACAGUGGGAGUUUGGAGCUUUUGGCUGAAAACAGCUUCCUGCUGGAAACAGCAUUGAUCGGAUUGGAGUUUGUGUCGGCGCUAAACAGACCGAGGGGAACUUAAAUAAGUGCUGACCUGGUUUUAUCACUUCUCACACUGCAGUCCAUCAUUAAUUUAUAAAAUACUGAUAGUGUAGCUUUAAGAUUGAUUCUCUUUCCAAACAAAACAUUUGGAAAGAGAUAUUGGUGAUUUUUAGAGUUGCUGUGUCCACAAAAGGUCCAAAAUCCAGAUAUUUCAAGAACAUUACAUGUCUUCUUCACCCUGUCAAAACCCUUUUUAGGAUCCAAGGAGUUAUUCUGUAGUAUGUACUAAAGGGAUUCUUAGUUAUGUUGCAACGCUGCAUGGCGUAGAGUAAGAAUGUCUACAAGGUAAGAUGUCACUGUUCAUUUCAAAGUAUUAGGGAAUAUUUUUGUUUUAGAGUUUUACAUAUUGCUAGUCUAAUGCAUGUGUAUGUGGUUUUUUUUGUCAUUGCACUUGCUAGUGGGAGACUGAAAUGUCCAUAAACCAUUUCACCAUGACAGUUCCCACUGAAUUAAUUGUUUAAUGUGAAGUAAUAAGUAAUAAUAUUAAAUUAUAGAGUUGUGAAUUGCUACCGUAGCAGUGAUUCAGCCUGAUUCCCCAACAUGGGGAUUUUUGUUCAGCUUCAGAAACCCACAAUUUGAUUCAGUCAUAAUGAGCCAAAACUGUAUGUAUAGCCAUUAAAUAAACAUUUAAAUUCUCCAACAAUGGUAAAAAAUAGAUAAUUAUAGAAUUCACCAUAAUAGCAUAAUUACCUUUAAAAUAUUAUGCUGCAACAGUAUUGGCCUGCAGUGCUAAUAGCAGCAGCCAUAGUAGCAUAAAUAUUAAAAUUACUCACAGUUGCAGCAGUUGUAAUAGCAGUAGAGACAAUAACACUUUAUCUUUUAAGAAAGAUGAUUUGAUUAAAUUCAGUUAUUGUAAUUAAUGCUGUUUCAUAUGAAUUAUAGCUGAACUCAAAACAGCUGUGUUUUAGCAGAUCGAUGUAUUGAAUUGGCAGACUAGAAUUGAUGCAUUGAGCCAACCAGUGACAACCGUGGACCAAACAGCCAAAGAAUUGUGGAUUUGUAAAUACUAAUGGAUCUGCUACCAUUUCUUCAUCAUGAUGUUUCUGAGAUAUUGUCACCUUAAAGGGCUUUUCUUCGAGGACAUGCUAUGAUAUUUCAUAGCACAAAGUGAUCAUGCAAUUUACAUUGUUUUUUUUUGUUGUUUUUGUUUUUACGGGACAACAGUUUUUGAAAGAAGGUUGAAUUGAAUGUUGAUUACAUGUGAAACAGUGGGGCCGUUCUGUUGGUCAGUGUAAUUGCUUUUUGAAGGAAACGUAAUGUGAUUUUCUGUAAGAGUGCUUUACCCAAAAUACAGUAUUUUUCAAGUAUCA